GGGAGGAUCGCAAGUGCGAGGUGCGCUACGGCGGGACCGCGUACACCGGCUACUGGGCCCUGUGCGCCGCCGUCAACCGCGCGCUCGACCAAGGUGGGUGCCGCCCGGCGAGCCGCGGGAGGUGACCUCUGCCCAAAGCAGAAGCCCGACAGAAGCAACGAAUGUCAGUCGGCAGAGAGGAGGCAAAGCCAGUUUUCUUUAAAAAAAAAAAAAAAAAAAAAAAAAAAAAAAAAGUCGUUUUAAGUUGGGCCUAGUGGCUUCUACCAACAAUGCCAGCACUCCGGGCUGAGGCAGGAGGAUCGUUGUGGAUUCUAGGCCAGCCUGAGCUAUGUAGUUUCAGGGCUGCCUCAUAGAGGGUGAGAUCCUGUCACAGAAAGACAAAUGAAAGAAAUGAACGCUUGCCUGCAGAAGAGAAGGACAGACUAUGGAAGGUUUCGUGCAAGGAAAUCAUACACGCCACAUCGUUGUCGUGUGUAGUGGUUGAGGAUACCAGUAACUAGUGCCUCCUACUACGCCACAGUGACCCUCGAUCAGGUUCGGAAUAUAUUUCGUUCAGACACAGCUGUGCCCAUGCCUUUAAUAGAGGAGAGACAUCGAAUUCUCAAUGAAACUGGGAAAAUUCUGCUGGAGAAGUUUGGAGGCUCUUUUCUUAAUUGUGUCCAAAAAAGUGGAAGAAGUGCCCAGAAGUUAAUGCACCUGAUUGUUGAGAACUUUCCGUCUUACAGGGACGAGGCCCAGUUUGAGGGGAGAAGGGUCUCCUUUUACAAACGAGCGCAGAUCCUGGUGGCGGACACGUGGAGCGUGCUGGAGGGAAAGGGCGAUGGCUGCUUCAGGGACAUCUGCAGCAUCACCAUGUUUGCUGACUACAGGCUGCCUCAGAUUCUCGUGUACCUCGGAGCCCUGAAGUACUCCGACGAGUUACUGAAGAAGCUUCUCGAAGGAGAAAUGCUCUUAAAUGGAGAUAAACAGGAAGUAGAAAUUAGAGGUUGCUCUAUUUGGUGUGUUGAGCUGAUCCGGGACUGUCUUCUGGAGCUUCUUGAAAAAAGGGGCGAAAAACCUCCUACCGAGAUCAAUUCGAUUCUUCUGGACUAUCACCUGUGGGACUACGCCCGCGAGCACAGGGAAGACAUGAAAGGAGUCCCAUUUCAUCGCACGCGCUGCAUAUAUUACUGACCCUGAGCGUCGUGGGUCCACUUGAAACACUUGCACUUUUAGAUCCUACAGUCACUUCACAAUCCUGAUUCACUAUAGAUAGAAAUUAUGCUGGGUGAUGGUGGUGCACACCUUUAGUGCCAGCACCUGAGAGGCAGAGGCAGAUGGAUCUCUGAGUUCAAGGAGAGCCUGGGCUACAGAGUGGGGGCAGCCAGGGCUACACAGAGGAAAAAAGGAAAAAGAUAGGUAGAAAAUAGAAAUUGCAGGAAUAACCAAUUGACUGUCCAGGCACCAUUUUUUCUUCUUGGCAUAGCAUUGUGUGUUCCCAUAAUCAUACUGCAUAGCCUUCAGUGAUGGUGUCCACGCCUUCAGUGAUGGUGUCCACGUCUUCAGUGAUGGUGUCCACGCCUUCAGUGAUGGUGUCCACGUCUUCAGUGAUGGUGUCCACGUCUUCAGUGAUGGUGUCCACGUCUUCAGUUGGUAGCGUUUCUCCACUGGUAAUCAUUAGUCAUUUGUUUCCGUCUUUUCCUUUUGUUUUAAUGGACCUGGACAUUAAGCCUGUGGCCUUGUGUAUGCCAGGCAAGUGCUCUACCACUGAGGCACACUCGAAGAUUAGUUAUUUUCUAUAUACUACAAUAAUUUAAUAUUAAAUAGAGGUAGUCUUUGAUGUAUGAACUAUUGCUUUAUAAAUAUCAACUGUGGAUCCUUGGUAUGGUGGCACAUACAUGUAAUUUCAGUACUCAGAAGAUGGAAGCUGGAGGAUCAUGGGUUCUAGGCCAUCCUGGACCACUCAAAGAGCAAAAAUAAAAACAUGUUUCUCCAGUUCA